AAAGUACAAAGCCAUAUUCUUUAAUUUAUACCCAGAGGGAGUACGUGACAGUACGGCGUAGAGCUAUCAUCUCCAUCGUGUUUGUGAGGACAGUGUCCAAAGACCAAAGCUCCAAAUCGGCCAGUGUUAACGGCUUUCAGGUUCCGCUCUACCAUAAACUUGUCCGUUGGGCGGUGGAAGCAGGACAGGGGAGGGGCUCCGUCAGCAGGAGGGCAGAUCGCCAUCAUGACAGGGAGGUCGAACCCGCCAGCGCAGCGGCAGCCAUUCGUUCCCCCGGACCAGCACCAGCAAGGAGACAGCGCAGGCCUUCCCCACACGGCGCGUCGGGCGCGAUGGCGACCGGCGCCGCGCGGCACCACAAGCUGGAACCCAGAACCGUGUUGCGCUCAUAACUCCAUUGCCCGUGUCCACAUCCGUUUCCAGCUCCAAGAACAGGCGGCCUCCACCUCCAGCUCCAGCUCCAGCGCAGCCGAUGCCUCCCCCAUGGCGCCGCGAGGCAGCGAGUCCCCGAGAGCUCGGGCCCUGACCGUCACCGCAGCCGCCCUGCUCGUCCCGCUGCUUCUCUCCUCGCUUCCCCUGACCGGCGCUGCUGCCGGCUCGCCGUCCCCGGCACCCGCGCCGGCGCCGCCGCUCAGCCACCCGCCCCAGCCGAGGCCGCAGCAUGCCGUGCCCGGCAGUAGCAAGCCCCGCGGCGCCACGCCACAGCCGGGGCCGCGACACCGCGCUCCGCCUCCGCCGCGCCGUCCUCCGCCGGUGAGGUCGGCGUGGUGGCGACGGCUCAACUUCGGCAUGAGGUUCGGGAUCGCGCUCGCCGGCGUGGCCGUCGCAAUGCAGGUCGCGCUCGGCGCGUUCCUGUGCGUGCGCGCGCGGCAGCUGCGCCGAGCGGCGGCCCCGGGCAAGGCCGAGGAUCGGGUGGAGCAGGAGGAGGCGGCGGCGGCGGCUGCGUCGUCGUCGACGCCUGCGUAGUAGCCGACCGGCGCGCGCCGCCGCCGGUCCACCGGUGGUAUCCGGCCGAGACCGAGAGGAGCGACCAAGCGGGCGUGCGCUGCACGUUCUCGUGGUGAUUCCUGCGGCCUCCAUGGAGUGGAGGAUGAAUGGUUCGUGCGCGGUCGCCUGCACGGUUGUUGGGUGAGCUGACGGGGGAGCAUCACCUGCUGGGUUCUUUGCCUCUCCACCCAUGGCACCGUACAGUGUCCGGCUGCUUCUGUAUAGUUCGCCGUCCUUGCGCGGGGCGCGGUCUGUGAGGCAUACUGCUUAAAGAUGUACAGUACUGAAUUGUUUUUGUCCCCCAAGCCUCCUAGCUUCCAGUCGCCUGAAACUGAGGAAGCUUCCAGUCA